AUGGCGGCCUCCAUCCGGAGAAAGUUACUGCUCUGUCCUGGGGCCUUACGGCUGCACACUGCGGCCGAAGUCACCAUUUCCGAGGCCUCGGUGGCGCGAUACCCACCUGUGGUAGCCUCGCUGACUGCAAAGAGCAAGGCGGCCCGGCAGCGUCGGGUGGAUCGUUGGCAUCAGCUGGUUCACAAUGCGGCCUCAGUGGAAAGGAAGCUGCGCUUGCUCACAAAGCUGCAGCGCAUGAAGUAUGUAGUGUACCCUCAGACCUUCGCCCUCAACGCAGACCGCUGGUACCAGAGCUUCACCAAGACUGUUUAUCUGAGCGGCCUGCCCCUUCCCCGGCCCCCUGGCCCCGGCGAGCCCGGUGGCCCGCCUGAUCUGGCCCAGCUACGCUCGGCUGUGUGUGAUUGCCUCCUGCAGGAGCACUUCUACCUGAAGCGCAAGAACCGCGCCCCGAUUUUGCAGCAGCAGGAGUUCCUGGCAUCUCCCUUUCUCCAUCAGCUCGUGACCUCCUUGACCGGGCUGCUGAGCCCUUACAACCCGAGCCUUGCCGCCGCUGCCCUCGAUUUUAAACGUCCAGUUCACUUUUAUUGGUGGCGUGGUGAAGAAAUAAUUCCAAAAGGUCAUCGUCGAGGUAGAGUUGAUGCAUUACGAUACCAGAUAGAUGAUAAACCCCAUAACCAGAUUCGUAUACUAAAACAACUUUCAGAGUUUGUACCAUUGGAUUACUCUGUUCCAAUAGAAAUUCCUGUACUGAAGUGUAAACCAGACAAACUUCCAUUAUUCAAACGACAGUAUGAAAAUAACGUAUUUAUAGGAACAAAAUUAGCAGAUCCAUGUUGUUAUGGCCACACUCAAUUCCAUUUAUUACCUGACAAAAUAAAAAGGGAGAGACUCUUGAAAGAUAAUCGUGCUGAUCAGAUAGAAGUUGGUUAUCGAGCCAAUGCUAUUGCAAGUCUUUUUGCUUGGACUGGAGCACAGGCUAUGUAUCAAGGAUUCUGGAGUGAAGCAGAUGUUACUCGACCAUUUGUCUCACAGGGUGUAGUCACAGAUGGAAAAUAUUUUGCCUUCUUUUGUUAUCAGUUAAAUACUUUGGCACUUACUGCUCAGGCUGAUCAGAAUAACCCUCGUAAGAAUAUAUGUUGGGGGACAGAGAGCAGACCUCUCUUUGAAGUUAUUGAAGAUGGUGAUGUUAAAGGCUUCAAUGAUGAACUUUUGCUUCAGUUAGUUCAGUUUCUAAUGAACAAACCAGAAGAAAACAGAUCAGAACUGUUAUAGAGAAUUUGGAAAUAUUUAGACUUCAUUGAAUGUAAAGUAAAUCAAUCAUGAUUUGUCAUAAUUAUUAAUGUAAAGAUCUCAA